AAGAAAGAUAAUGUAACGUGACGUAGAUCUCUAUUCACUCCCAUCGUAUUGCAUGUAAGACCCCAAAUAACCAUCCGAUAACAAAGUAUGCGCCGAUAAGGGACUCCAUCAUAACAAACCUCACUCAUCGAAAUUUAACAUUUAUCACAAUAAUGUUUUCUUUUCUCAUCCCAUUGUUGGAGGUUUUAAAGGUAGUUAUCGUUGCCGUGGCAUCUAUAGUCUUCUUAGGUUUAUCAGGUCUAACAUUCGCUGGUUCAGCCGCGGCAUUAACCGUAACCACACCGCUUUUCAUCAUAUUCAGUCCGAUUCUCGUACCAGCCACGAUAGCCACUGCUGUCUUAACCUCAGGGUUUACGGCCGGUAGCAUCUUUGGAGCUAUGGCCAUCGCUCUCGUCAGACGCAGGAUGGGACUAAAGCCAACUCUGUUUGUAAGAAUUUCGCCAAACCAAACUCUGUUUUCACUCCAUCCAAAGGUUAAUUAUGAAGGAACUUUUAAAGGAUCUUGGGGAGGAGGUUCGUCAACCCAAGCUAUGUCAAAUUUUGGUUAUGGAGGAACUUGGACAGCAACUUGGGGAGGAAGAACCUUUUCUGGAUCGUUUGGAGAUAAAUCUGCCGGUGGAAGUUCAUCCACACCCGCACCCGCACCCGCACCUGCAGCUGCAAGUACACCCAAACCCACAGCCACACCCAAACCCCCGAAGUAAACGGAUUGGUCGAGCUGUCCCAACAUAUUGUGCUAUCUGCUAUGGAUUCAAAAUUGUAUGACUGAAAACUAUUAAAAAAAAAAAAGCGUUUUACAAUUAAUCGUUUAAUGUUUAUAUGUAAUGUUGAAUAUGCUUAGUGAAAGUCUAUAUGAUAAAACAAUUUUUUUUUGUGUUCUGUUAUUUUAUGUUCCUGUCCUCC